AUGGGCAAGACUAAAGAGCUGUCUAAAGACCUCAGGGACCAGACUGUAGACCUGCACUUGGCUGGGAUUGGCUACAAAACCAUCAGCAAGCAGCUUGGGGAGAAGGUCACAACUAAAGCGUUCUCACCAUACAUCCUGUCUCAGCUGGAGCAUGUCAGCAGAAUUGAUGUCGUGUGGGAUGAAUAUUUCCCCGAAAGUCUGAAGGCUGAAACACACAGCAAGAGAGGGAAGGGAGUUCAUAGACGCGUUGAGUCAUCCAGUGUCAUUCCUGGAAACUGGCCAGAGUUUCUGCGCAUUGAAGACAAGAAGGCUGAACUGUUCUUCUUCCUGGCAACCAGUGUGACAGCCCUCAACACUGGCGCUGAGCCCACCACCUCAGAGUACACAGUCAUAAUGCACGGGGAGAAGUUCCGCUCCGUAGAGGGCCUCGUCAUGGCAGCAGACAGCUCUCGGUCCUUCUCACCUCUGGAGAAGUUCGGCCAAGGCUUCCUGGAGCGACUGGUCGGCAUCGAGAUGCCCCACAAGCUGCUGGAGAGGGUCACCUUCGUCGACACGCCCGGCGUCAUUGAAAACCGCAAGCAGCAGGAGAGAGGUUACCCCUACAAUGAUGUGUGCCAGUGGUUCAUCGAUAGAGCGGAUCUGAUCUUCCAGGUGUUCGACCCCACCAAAUUGGACGUGGGCGCGGAACUGGAGAUGCUCUUCAAGCAGAUGAAGGGCCGCGAGUCCCAGAUUCGCCUCAUCCUCAACAAGGCCGACAGUCUCUCCACCCAGAACCUGAUGAGGGUGUACGGGGCUCUGUUCUGGAGCAUGGCGCCGCUGAUGAAAGUCACGGAGCCUCCUCGGGUGUACGUCAGCUCCUUCUGGCCUCAGGACUACGCUGCAGACACCAGCCGGGAGCUCUUCAUGAAGGAGGAGACCUCUCUGCUGGAGGACCUCAACCAGGUGAUUGAGAAUCAGAUGGAGAACAAGAUCGCUUUCAUCCGUCAGCACGGCAUCCGUGUGCGUAUCCACGCCCUGCUGGUGGACCGCUACCUGCAGACCUUCAACGACAAGCUGGGAUGGUUCAGUGACCCCUACGAGGUUUUCCAAGACAUUGUCAGCGACCCCGACAAGUACUACAUCUUCAAAACCAUUCUGGCCAAAACCAACGUCAGCAAGUUUGACCUGCCCAACAAGGAGGCCUACCAGGACUUCUUCGGUGUGAACCCGGUGUCCGGCUUCAAGCAGCUCUCCUCCCACUGCAGCUGGAGCGGAGGCUGUCUGCUGGAGAAGCUGGAGAGGGCCAUCUCACACGAGCUCCCCGCUCUGCUCAGCAGCGUCAGCAAGGCCGCAGACAAGCCUGCCCCAGUGAAGGCUGCACCCGCACCUCCACCCCCCCUCCCCGGCACCUGUGAGGGUCCCGGGUGUGAGGGGAAACCCAAGAACCGCUGGAGGAAGCAGUGAGAUGUAGGAGAGGGGUGCAGGAGGAGGAACAGAGGAGGCAGGAACCAGAGGGUUUUCUGAAGUAAUCCUCACUGCUGUGAUUUUCAGAACUGGGUAUAGGGAGACCAUGUGGGGAGAGAGAAAGAGAAAAAAUGUGGGUCAGAAUACUUCUUUCUGCCUGUUUUUACCUGGAUGGAGUACCAAAUAGAUUUUGACAGUUCAAAUUCAUUGUAUAUGACCGAAAGUUAUACCCCGAGUGAUUUUCACUUAUCAACCAUCUAGUGCACAUUGUCCUGUAAGACACCCUUCUGGUAUUAAGAUCAAAUUAAGGUCAAAGCUAAAAGUAAAAAGUGACAUAUUGUGGGAGUUUGGAUGGAAAUAAAAGUAAUAAAAGAGGCCUCAAGUCAACUUUCCAUCUGAAGCUAUUGCUGUCUGCAAAAUGUGAGGAAUGUCUGCAGGAGAAACAAACUUCCCAAUCAUUACACCAGGAAAAUCCCAGACCUCUAUUUCCUUUGUUACCUUCCAUGUUAAUGAAAUCUAAGAAUGAAUGUUUUUCUCACUGUUUUUAAGUUUGUACAUUAUUUAUUCAAGUGUUCUCCUUCUAAAACAGAUGCCGGUAGCGGUUGUCAUUCACCAGUCAUACAGUUGAUGCUGCAACUCUUUUGUCUGCUGUGUUGUUUGCGAGGGCGGAAGAUUGAGUUUCAACUGCUGUGUUUUUACAGUUAAACCAGGGUAGGUUAUUACCGCUUCAGGAAGCUUUUUUUUUUUUAUAGGUGGGAGAAUACAAUAGAAAGAAGCUUGCUCUCGCAGUCGUUUAUUGAGCUGAACCAUGUUUAGUCCCCACAUUACUGCAUACUGUACUGUUUCCUUUAUUGUACUAUUCUACGUUAAUAGUAACAUCUUUUAUUUCAGCAUUUCUCAUUCAUGAGACUGAAUUGACUGAAUACAACCAUGGUGUCAUUUAAGCGUAGCUUUUAUUUUAUUUGAGUUUGCAUUUAAUGCCUCUACCCUCUGAACUGUUGCUAGUUUGACCUGAACGUGGCGGCAUACCACACGGGCAUUUCCUUUGAAUAUUGUAAUCAUUUUCUUUUUCUUUUAGGUCUGUUUGUAAAAUUCCUUCUUUUGAGUAAACAACAACAAAAAUGAA